AUGCUUCUCCCAUCACCGUACGACACCACCUCCGCCCUCCUCCACGCUGCAGGUCCAGCAUCAUCCACCACAUCACUACCCACCACCACACUACUUUCGAGCACAACAAUCCCCCUCUUCUCGCACACCCCCCACAAUGGCACCGGCGGCGGAGGAGGAGGAGGAACCGGCCACCUCAACCCAGAGAACUGGAGCUCGCUCAUCGGCAUCAUAACCGCGAUCGUGGGCAACAUUCUCAUCUCGUUCGCGCUCAACAUGCAGCGGUACGCGCACAUCCGCAUCGAGCGCGAGUGGCAGGCGAAGGAGAAACUGCGAAAGAAGCGGCGGCGGAGCAGAAACAGCAGCAGGAGUAAGAUUCGGAAACGUUAUCGCGACGCGGGGAUUGUCGAGGAGGACGAGGACGAGGAGGAGGGGGGGAAUGAGGUCACGGAGCGGGCGCCGUUGCUCGGGGGAAGGACGCGGACGCGGAGUUCGAAGUCGGGGGAGAGCGGGGAUGGGGAGGAGGAGGAGGCGUACAAGCAGACGUCGUACCUGAAGAGUCCGUACUGGUGGGCGGGCAUCAUAAUGAUGACGACGGGCGAGGCGGGGAAUUUCCUGGCGUAUGGGUUCGCGCCUGCGUCCAUCGUGUCGCCGCUCGGCGUCGUCGCGCUCAUUUCGAAUUGCAUCAUCGCGCCGUUUAUGCUGAAGGAGCCGUUUCGUCUCCGGGAUGCGCUGGGGGUGUUGGUUGCGGUUGGGGGCGCUGUCACGGUGGUGUUGUCCGCGAGUGAUAAUAAUCCGAAGUUGGGGCCCGAUGAGAUUUGGGGUUUGAUCACGACGUGGGAGUUUGAGACGUAUUUGGGGGUUACGGCGGCGGUUAUUGUUAUUCUGUCGGUUUUGAGUAAUCGGUAUGGGGAGAAGAAUAUCUUGAUUGAUUUGGGGUUGGUGGGAUUGUUCGGUGGCUAUACCGCACUCUCGACGAAAGGAGUCGCUUCCAUGCUUUCGUACACCCUCUGGCGCGCCAUUACUUUCCCGGUCACGUAUCUCAUGGUUGCUACGUUGGUUUUCACGGCGGUCAUGCAGAUCAAGUAUAUCAACCGGGCGCUCCAGCGCUUCGACGCCACGCAGGUCAUUCCUGUGCAAUUCGUCCUGUUUACGCUUUCUGUGAUCCUCGGUUCCGCGAUUCUCUACCGCGACUUCGAGCGGACGUCGGGAGGAGACGCUGGGAAGUUCGUCGGAGGGUGCGCCCUGACGUUCAUGGGUGUCUGGCUCAUUACGAGUGGGCGAACACGCCGGAACGACGACGAGGAAGACGACGACCGAGAACCCGAACCCGACUACUCCAUCAAUCUCAUGGAGGAGCGGUAUCACGAUGAACUAGACGACGGCGAUGCACACAAGGCGGGGACGAGCAGUCGACGGACCUCCACCGUGCGAGCAUCGUCCCCUCCCAUCGACAUCGCGCGCUCCAACUCCACCUUCUCCUCCCAACACCCGUCAAGAAACAACUCCACAGACGGACAAGCAAACAUCCAAUUCACACCCGCCACGCCCUCCCCUUCCACUCCUCCACCUCACGCUACAAACCCAUGGACACCUCCACCACGCACGCCUCCAGGCCGCCCCUCCACAGGCUCAGGAAUCCGGCCAGCGCCACCAUCAUCCUUCCUCUCAAACCGCGCUUCAACCUAUUCAACCCCCGUCCUCCCCUCAGAAGCCAUCCUCCCACAAGCCACAACCUCCACCCCAACCCUCCCCUUAACAUCAACAACACCAUCGCCACUCCCACAGACCCCAACACGAGGGACAUCUGACCCACACCUCACCACCACGACCCCCUCAACCCUCCCGCCCCGCCUCCGCAGAGGCGACACCGCCGAACGCCUCCUAACCCUCUCCUCCUCCGCCCUCAACAACCCCCGCUCCUCCAUCCCAGGCCCCCUCCUCGCCUCCCCGCUCUCCGCCUCCCUAGCAACAAUGGUCGCCGACCUCAAACGCAACUCCUCUCUCCGCACGCCCACCACCCCGGGUCCCUCCUCGUCCUUCUCCACCCGCCGCCGCGAAUCAGUCCUCGGUAUCGGCGCAGGCGAGAUCGACGAAAACGCAAUGUGCGACUCGCCGCUUGAGCGGCGGCGCACGGCGACGGACGACGUGCCCAGCAACACUGCGACGAGGAAGAGGAGUCUUAGUGGGACGUUGGGGGAGCUGUGGCGCGGGAUUAGGAGGGAGAUUGGUACUGGGGAUGUGGUGGAGGAUGAGGAGAGCGGUGGGAGGAGGUAG